GCCGAGCGGAGCCGAGCGGCGCCGAAGCGAGCCGAGCCGUGGGAGCAUUGUGCGUGCGGGCAGGACGGAGGGACGGACGCCGCGAGCCGCGCCGAGCGCCGCAUUCCCGCCGCCGAGGCCGCCGCCCUGCCCCUCCCCUCCCUCCACGAAGCCCCAGCAGCAUGUCGGGCCGGUCGGUGCGGGCCGAGACCCGGAGCCGGGCGAAGGAUGAUAUCAAGCGGGUGAUGGCGGCCAUCGAGAAAGUGCGCAAAUGGGAGAAGAAGUGGGUGACGGUUGGCGACACAUCCCUACGGAUUUACAAAUGGGUGCCAGUAACAGAGCCCAAGGUCGAUGAUAAAAAUAAGAAUAAGAAGAAAGGCAAAGAUGAAAAAUGUGGCUCCGAGGUGACAACUCCAGAGAACAGCUCCUCUCCAGGGAUGAUGGACAUGCAUGAUGACAAUAGCAACCAGAGUUCAAUAGCUGAUGCUUCUCCAAUAAAACAAGAAAACAGUAGCAAUUCAAGUCCAGCACCAGAACAGAAUUUGGCAACACAAGCAGAUGGCACUGAAGUAAAGUCUGAUGAAACUCAGUCAGAAGCAAAGGAGCAACCUGGUUCAGAAGAUACCUCUGAUGAACAGAAUUCACAGUCUUCAAUGGAAAAUUCCAUGAAUAGUUCAGAGAAAGCAGAAAUUCAGUCCUCUGGAGAGAACGAUAUACUUACAGAGGCAUCAAAAAACUCUCAGGACUCUGAAGGAGUGCCACCUUCUAAAAAGAUGAAAGUAGAGGCUUCCCAACAAAACGUUGAAGAGAUUUAGACUAUAGAUUUUUUUCUGGUCAGUUUUUAUGUAAGGUACAUCAGUGGGCUUAAUUCUAGAACAACCUUACUUAAGCAUCUUCUCUUGGAUGAGGACAGAACUCCUAACUUUUCAAGUUACCAAGCAAAAAUCCAAGAAAGCCUAACAAAGGUUUAACUUCUCAGACACUGAAAACUUUUUCCUGUGAAACAAACAUUGAGAACUUUUAAGUUACUGUCUCUGAAAUGGUUGGAGUAAACAACUCAGGAGGGGUCUACGCACUGUUUCUAAAGUCAAAAUUACGAUUAUGUUGCUGCUGUAUUUUUUUUUUUUUUCAUUUCUCUAUUUAACAUUGUAAGAUAUUUAAGGAUGGUACAGGUCAGGUAUUAGCUUUCAUGUGAAGUUCAUUGUUCUGGCGCGAUGUCUGCUUUUGUUUUGUGCCUUGUGUUCUGAAAACAGUGCUAACUUUUGACUUUUAAAAGUUGUUUUGCAACUGUCUCCUUUGCAAAGUGACCUAUGUUUGUAUAAUACCAUGUAGAAAGGCUUUUUGUUUUUUUUUGCUUUUUUUUUUUUUUUUUUUUUUGGAGGGGGGGUUGUUUUGUUUUAUUUUUAAUUUUUAAAUCCCUGGUGCUUAAAUUUUAACAGAUACCAAUCAGGAAGCCAUUUUCACUCUUGGAGUCCAAGGAGAGAAAAGAGCUUGAUAUAUUAUUUUAGCAGCUAUAGUGGAGAUCAUUUAUUGAAUGCAUGGCAUUCGCAACUGUAAAUUUGGUCUUCUAAAUACUUAACUUCAUCAGAAGUUAACAUGAUCUGUUUACCAUUUAUAGUCCAGAUCUGAAUAUAUAGUGUAACACAACAGUUAAAAUACUUAGGUAUUAGGUCCAGAUCUCUGUACUGGGUACAACUUGCUUUACAGAAGAGUUCCACUAUGUAUAUAAAUAGGAUCAAAAGGAUCGAUGCACAAUGAAUUUAUUUUCAAUUGGACUUUUUUGAUAUGAGAUUUUCACUGAACUGGAUUUCAUUGUACUGUUUCUGUAUAAGAUGUUUACUUCUGUGUUCCAGGUUAAUACUGUAUUUGGGAUUUUUUUUUUCCUUUCAGCAAGUCUUGUAAAUAAGCCUUGUUGUUUCUGUUGUCUCUGCAUCACUGAUAGAAACGUUCCUUCCUGUACAAUUAUGUCAAAGUGUGCUUAUGCUGACCUUAAUUGAAAAGCACUAAGCAUGUGCAACUCCCUUCAAAGCAGUGGCGUUUAGAAGUGCAGAACCAUCUGCAAAGGUCUCAUCUUUGGGGCCUGAUCUUCCAGGGUGAGUGCCCAGCUAGAACUGCUCAGUGUCGGUGGGAAUCACUUCUCACUUAGUUCUCCUCACGCACACAGGUGCAUGUGCACACACGUGUAUUGCUGGGUCAGGCCCUUAGUCUGUCUUCACUUUGUAUGUGAGAGGUGGAGCUUGGAAUUUAAACUAUGAUCUCACAGCUAUGAAAAUGGUUGCGUAUAGUUUGUAAGCAAAGAACUGUAAAUACUUUUUUAAAGGAAAACAAAAAUAAAUCGCUUCCAGUGGAUACAUUUUCAUAAUUAGCUCUUCAUCAGGCUUAUUUAUUUCUGAAUUCUCCAAUAGUGAAAAUGGCUUGCACUUAGACUACUGGAUUGCGUCUGCAAUUACCACUUUAUUAUGAAAAGUAAUGGGAAACUGGGGGGAGGGAGGGCAGCGGGGGAGCCAGGACUGGCGUUCCAUAGGAUGUUUGUAGGAUUCAAUUCCAAACAACGUAUGACACUCAAUUUCACAACUUUUCCUUUGUGUUGGAAUAAACUUUUUGGAUUUUAACUGAAUAAAAUUUGAUUGCAAAACCAUUUGUGAAAGAAGUGUGCUCCCUAAGAAGUUCUUGGGAUUUCUGGGCUGAUCACGAAGUCCAUUAACGUUCUGAAAAUAAGGAAAUGAGGAGCCAAAAAUGAUGUUUGCACAACUUUAUGCAAUGAAAUGGUAGAAUUCUCUCUUGAAUUGUGUGUAUGCCUCAACUGUGGAUAACUGGUCAAUGAUGAUUGAUUUGUAUGUAUAUUACAUUCAGAUUUGUGAUAUUUUGUGAGAAGUUCUAUUGAUAUAUGAAAUGGUCAAAUUUAGAAAGAUUCAAACUUUAAAAUAUUUUUGCUUUACUGUUUUUUUUUAUUUUUAAUGCUAAAGCAAAACAAAUCCGAUGCCACCUUUGAUAAGCAGUCAUUUUUACUAAUCCCUAUCUCCAGGUGCAUCACAGCAAGUUUUUAAUUCUAAUUUUGUAGAAGUUUCCAAGGGAAUAAAUAGAUUUUUCGUUUAGAAACUAAUUCCUGUACUUUAGGAAGAAAUAAAAUAUAUAAAUAGCACUAAAAAUACCUCAAAUUUUUCAUUAAAUAGAAGCAUUUAUUGGCAUUAUUGACAUCAAUAGGUUUAAUUAUAAGCUUCCUUUUCUCUCCUGUGGCUUCUGCUCGGAACUGUUCAUUGUUCUGUGGCUUACAAGACAAGGCAUCAUAAUUAUAUUCUUAGAGCCUUUAUUUCUAAAAUAGUAAUGUUUCAUUUACAGCUUAUAUGGGAUACACUCAGAACUUUUAUUUUUAACCAGAGAUUCUAGUGACAACAGACAGCUGAACAAGCAGAUAGAUUUGGGUUCCUUAGAUCAGUUAUUGUCAUUCUCUAAGAGAAGAGACUUUGGCAUUACCUGGUAUGAAGAAAUCCAAAAUAGUGUAUAAGACUGUUAUUAGUCUUAGUGAAGUGCCUGAUAACAUUUAUGGGCCAACAGAUGUGAUUAAACACAUUUUAAUGCCAGAAAGUACAGAUGGGACCAAACCAGAACAUCAAAUUCAAACCAGCCUGAGGUUUGAAACCAGAUCUAAAUCCAGUUGGUUUUGUUGGUUGUUUUUUUUGUUUGUUUGUUUGUUUUUUGGCUUGGACCUAUCUCUACCAGAAACUUGUUUUCUCUGUAAAAGGUUUUAUUGAAAGCAUUGAGACGUGGAGCAAAAGGAGAGAUGUAAUUUUCUUCAAGAUGACUGAAAGUUCUCACACAGCUAACGUUUUAGAAAUAGUGCAAAUUUCAAGAAGUGCUUCCUUGCUACAGUGCUGAAUGUUGGAGCUUCAGUUACAAAACAUAAAAAGAAAAAAAAAAAUUAAAAAAAAAAAAAAAAAGAAA